GAAGCAGGAAGAUAUCGCUCAGAUGCAGAAUUGCUCACCUUUGGCGCGAUGCUGUAUGUCAUAACACAAAAAUCCAAAGUCACAAAGGAAUGGAGAGAAGAAAAGGCAAUGUGAAGCAAAACCAUGGAUAUCAUCUCUCAGCUACAUCUGGCAGUAUCCCCACCAACAGAGACACAUCCUAUAAUCCAGUGCAUAACUAACAAUGACCUCAAAGAGCUCAAGAAAUUACUGAAGCACAAUAAUGUUAAUGGAGUUUACCCUUGUAGCAAGUGGCGUGAUUAUAUAACCCCACUGAUCUCCGCUGUUGUAAAUCACAACACAGAUAUCUGUUCUUACCUUGUGCGUCAGGGUGCAGACCCAAAUAUACCUUCUCAACUCCAGUGGACACCUUUGCAUUAUGUCUCAUAUUCUAAAGCACCACUUUGUUUUGUGGCUCUGUUGCUCGAGGCAAAAGCUAGCCCAGAUGGAAGGAGUGCUCCAGUGCAACAAGAGAUACCCACACCACUGCAAGUUGCAGCCUUUGAAGACAGGGAGGAUAUCAUGAAAAGACUCAUCUCUGCUGGCGCUUUGGUGACACUUCCACCCAUAAAUGAUCCUCAGUGGCUUAUUAACAGUAAAAAAAUAUCUCAGAUGAUUAAUCACCUUGCAUCAAAUGGAGAUAGAGUGUGUUCCCAAAUUAGGCAUUUUUUUGAUAUGGAAAUUGCUGUUUGUGAAAAAACACCUGACGAAGUUUUUAAAAUGUUCAACAGUCACAUGUUGUUAGAGGAUCCUAGGUCUCAUCUGACCAUGACUGAAAUCCUUUUUACUGUAACUGGGAGAGGGAAAGAUAAAUACUGCCAGGCAUGUAUUAAAUGGCUAAAGAAAACUGGAAAUGUGAAUACUUACAUUGUAGGUGCAGCCAGCCGCUUUCCAAACAUCCCUAAGACACAUGUAGGGAGGGCAGUUGAAAGUUUGAGUGCAGUUUUCUGCACAAUGGAUCAAAUAACAGAUGAGCAUGCAGUAGCUAUAAUUCCACAACUAUUGAAACUGCUUUGCUUAAAAGAGAGACCUGACAUCUGUGCAGGAGUGCUACAAACACUGUAUGUGAUAACACAGAAAACAAAAGGCACAAAGGACUGGCACGUCAACUUUUUAGAGAACUUAUGCAAAACAGUUUUCCCUUUUGUAAAUGAGCAACACUCCACUGAGAUCAGGGUCUACACAUACGGUAUAUUCGCCAACCUGCUGUCAGCUGAAAAGGCAGCUAACAUUUUUAAAUCAGUGGCCAUAACUUCAGUGCCCGAGGACAUACUGACAUCUGUAGAAAUGGAAUUGAAUGAAAAACUGAAAGAGGUGCUGAGAAGUCUGAAAGAAUAUCUGAGUAAACCAAACUCAGAAUGUGAGGGAAACACAGCCUCAACUUUAGUCAGGAAGAAGAAAAAGAAAAGGAAAAAGAAGGAAAAGACCCAAAAGCAAGAAGACCCAAAUGAUGACAUUUCCACUGCAGCAACUGAUCAAACAACAAAGGUUUCUGUUGUAGAAUCAACUUCAAAUUUAAAGCCUUUUGACUACAGCACCAAUGGAAAAUCAGAAAAAGAAAAAUGGCUUCCAAUCAGUAACAGGUGGAGGAGAAAACUGGAGAAACUUGUUGGCACAGAUGAUAGUAAAAUAUCCAGAAUCAGAAGCAUUAUUUAUGUGAAUGAUGCAGAAUUCAGAAUAGCAAAGGGAAGUGAUGGUACUGAAGUCUUCUUGGGGCUGAGAGAGGACGGCACAGAAGUUGCCAUUAAGAGAAUGUCUAAAAGCAACUAUGAAGUGCUGAAGAACGAAGAAGGAAUCCUGCGACUUCCUGAACUCGAUCAUCCUUAUAUCGUACGAUAUGUUGAUGCUGCAGAGGACGAGAACUUUGGAUAUCUUUGUCUGCAACUUUGUGAAUACACCUUGGAAGAAUAUAUCAAGAAUGAUGACCAUGACCCACUGAUGUUAAAGGAACUUGUAAAACAAAUUCUUGAAAGUCUAAAGGUGCUUCACUGCGGAAAUCCUAAAAUUCUUCACCGAGAUCUCAAACCCCAGAACGUUUUAAUUGAUGUUACUGGGAGGGCAAGAUUAGCUGAUUUUGGCAUAAGCAGACGCUUACUCAAAGGCCAAACAACUUUACGUACACGCAGUGCAGGAACCAGAUGCUGGAUGGCUCGAGAGACUUUAGCAGAAGAAGCAGAAGAAUCUGUGAUAUCAUACAAGUCAAGCACUGACAUCCAGGUGGCAGGCAUGCUGAUUUAUUAUAUCCUCUCUGGAGGCCACCAUCCAUUUGGCAAAUCCUAUAAAUGUGAGUCAAACAUUUAUGAUGGAAAGUACAGUUUGGAUUAUGUUCAAGAUGUGGUGGCAAAGGAUCUCAUCGAGUGGAUGAUCAACAAAGAGCCAAAGGACAGACCCAAAGUAAAAGAAUGCUUAAACCAUCCCUUCUUCUGGACUCCGAAAGAGCAGUUUGAAUAUUUGAGGAAGACCGGCAACAGGGAGGAGGUGGCAAACUGUCGAAAUGCUGAUGAAAAGCUGAUUGGUUCACUAGAAGCAUGUGCUAAUGGAUCCUUCAAACUGUGGAAAAAUAAGUUUCCCGAAGAGCUGGUUCAGAAGAUGGAUGGCAGAAAGCCGUACCCUGAAACCACACUGGGAUUACUGCGCUUUAUACGCAAUUUCCAUGAGCAUAAUCAUGAGGACGCUCCUCACAUUGACGUAUUGGUGUUAUUUCCUGAUCUCUUUGGGUGUGUUUACAAGUUUACCAAGGAUAAAGGCUGGAAUUUAGAAGGAAAGAAGGAAAUGUUUCAAAAAGAAGAAACAAAGGACAUUUGUACCGCCUUUACAAUAAUGUCUACAAGUACGGACGACCCUCUGAGUUUCCCAGUUCAGGAGUCUCAAUAGUGACUUUAAACAAAGUUGAAUUCAGUAAGGACGAAGGCUGUCAUUAAGGCCUGUACAGUGUGACAACCAUUCAGAGAAAAUGUAUAUAAGCAAAUACUAUUAUUAGAAGUACAGAUGUUAAUGAAAGCUUUGAAGGAUAUUUUGUUCAAGCGUGUAUAUAUAAGCACACCACAGAAACCAAACUAGCAAAUCAAAAUUUGUUCUGCACAAUAAGCCAAAGUUUUGCACCUGUUGUUCAUUGUGACCACUUUCCAAAUCCUGAUAGAAGGAGAGAUGGUAUUUUAAGGGAGCUACUAGUACUAGAUGUCAGUAAUGUUAUUUGUAUAGUUUUAUAGUUAGUAGUUAAUUUAAAAUGUGCUAUUAUGGUGGCUGUAUUUGCAAAUGUUAGUGAUAAAAAUUCUUUGUUACUUUCAGCUUUAGUAGAUAGAUCAGUGGAAAAACGACAGGAAAGCAGGAGCAGAGAGAGAAGGGGGAAGACAUGAGGCAAAGGACCGCGGGUCAGACUAAAACCUGGGCCGGCCCUUCUCGGCCAUAUGACAUGUAGGCGUCUGCACAACGCGCUGAGCUAAACUGGCGCCCAAUAAAAAUAAAAAUACACUGGCGGUACUUAAGAAUAAAUUCUUCCACUUCUGUUUUUAUAGACAGCGUU